AUGCCCCUAACCUGGACCCUCGGCCUCCAAGAGACACAGGACCCCGAGCAGCGGUCCAUGGACCUUAUAGACCAAUCCUUCUAUCUCGGCCUGCCACAGAACGUCAGCCUUAGCAACACCACCGCGUUCGGCGCAUGUGCUCUGUUCUUCACAGACCUGACUGCCAUGCUCAAGUUCAAGUUCGUAGACCCAGAGCAUGGCACAUGCCAGGAUGUAAUGGGUGCAGACUGCGUUCAGGAUUUGAUAUCCCUAGCCAAGCAGGAGGUGAGCCCGGACAGCUCUAUGUCGAAGAACCAGACCCUCGAUACAGAGGGGUUCUGUCACGAUCUUGCUGAGAGUAUCCAUGUGGAUGUCCUGACCGGCCCCUCCGCCUCCCUGCCCAUCGCAGACUUACGCUCCUGUCGUCCCACCACCGGGAAGAACUACAGCGUCUCCCUGGUAGAAAGCUACCGGUCCGCGGUCCCGUACGGAACGCCGGAAUUAAGCUUAACGCUGCAUGGUGUGACUCCUGUGAUGACGGUGUUUUACCCCAACUCGUCGUCGUCACAGCAAGCUAUGCCGGUUGAAAUCCACUUGACGUGCUUGACAGUUGCGGGACUGAAUUAUUCAAGCACAUUUGCGAACUCGGUCGAGGCGACUGGGGUUCGGGCAGUGAAUUUGUGGAGUUCUGUCGGCCUGGGGUUGAUGUCUGCGAUGUUCUUAUGGUUUUAG